AUGCAAAAUAAUCUGGAUGAUUUUUUCUUUUGUGACAAUUCGGAACAAUCAUAUUCCCUUAAUAGUAAUUACAGAACUCCCGUGAAUGACUCAUAUCGUAAUAUACAAACCUAUUAUAUGGAUCAGUUUAAUCAAAGUUAUACUAACACAAAUAGUAUGUGUGUUAGUUCGUCUACGGAACGUUUAGUGGUUAAUGAUCGUAACAAUUAUACUUCCUAUAAUCAAAGUUAUCAGAAUUACAACAAUUGUACUUCAUAUGAUUGCAACAAUUGGAAUUUAUUAUAUCAGUGUGAUAAUGUUGGUGUUGAAAAAAAUUUGUUCGAAAAUAAAAUAAAAGAGAGCAGUACGAAGUUGGAGCAAGAAAUUAAGAAAGAUUCUAUUGAAACAGCGUGCUGCAUUAAUAAUAGUAUACCAAAUUUAUCAUCAACCGUAUCUUCAACGCGCAAAGAACGUACGGCAUUUACAAAGGAACAAAUUAAAGCACUAGAAAAUGAAUUUUUACAUGCAAAUUAUUUAACCAGAUUACGAAGAUACGAAAUAGCAGUGGCAUUGGAUUUAACAGAAAGACAGGUUAAAGUGUGGUUUCAAAAUAGACGCAUGAAGUGGAAAAGAUUAAAAAUGGAAAAACAGCUGUAAUAAUUUAAAUUUAUUAUAACAAAUCAAAAUUAAAAACAUCAAAACAUACAAAAAAAAUAUUAAAAC